CGGCGGGGGCGCGAGGCGCCGCUCUCUCUCGGGUCAGGCUCUCAGCUCCCGGCUUUCGGCUCCCGGCUCCCAGCGCGGAGCCUUUCUUAAAACUACAGGCAGCCGACGCGCGUGGGUGGGAGGACGCGGGAGGCACUGUCGUCGGAUCCGCCCGCAGGCCGCAGCACCACUGAACCCGGAGGCCGCCCGGAUGGAGCUGCCGCUCCCUGUCGGAGCCCAGCCCCUUGCCACUGUGGAGGGUAUGGAGAUGAAGGGUCCUCUCCGGGAGCCCUGCGCCCUGACCCUAGCCCAGAGGAACGGGCAAUAUGAGUUAAUAAUCCGGUUGCAUGCGAAAGAACAACAUGUUCAAGAUAUCAUUCCUAUAAAUAGCCACUUUAGAUGUGUUCAAGAAGCAGAAGAAACUCUUUUGAUUGAUAUAGCUUCAAACAGUGGCUGCAAAAUUCGGGUUCAGGGGGACUGGACCAGAGAGCGCCGCUUUGAAAUCUCUGAUGAGGAGCACUGUUCGAAGUUCUUGUCAAAGGUCCUUGCAGCUCAGGAAGCACAGUCACAACUUCUUGUUCCAGAGCAAAAGGACUCAUCCAGCUGGUACCAGAAAUUAGACACUAAGGACAAACCUUCUGUCUUUUCAGGGCUUCUUGGAUUUGAGGAUAAUUUUUCAUCUAUGAAUUUAGACAAGAAGAUAAAUUCACAGAAUCAGCCUAUGGGGAUUCAUCGGGAGCCCCCACCUCCACCCCCUUCAGUGAACAGAAUGCUUCCACGUGACAAGGAAGCUUCUAACAAGGAACAGCCCAAAGUGACCAACACCAUGCGGAAGCUCUUUGUACCAAAUACCCAGUCUGGGGAGCGGGAGGGUCUCAUCAAACAUAUCCUGGCAAAGCGAGAGAAAGAAUAUGUCAACAUUCAGACUUUCAGAUUUUUUGUUGGAACUUGGAACGUGAAUGGCCAGUCUCCAGAUAGUGGAUUAGAACCAUGGCUGAACUGUGAUUCGAAUCCUCCUGAUAUCUACUGCAUUGGAUUUCAAGAGCUAGACUUGAGCACAGAAGCCUUUUUCUACUUUGAAUCCGUAAAAGAACAAGAGUGGUCCAUGGCUGUGGAAAGGGGUUUGCAUUCCAAAGCCAAGUACAAGAAAGUUCAACUAGUUCGCCUUGUUGGGAUGAUGCUUUUGAUAUUUGCCAGAAAGGAUCAGUGGCGAUAUAUCCGUGAUGUUGCUACAGAAACAGUUGGAACUGGAAUCAUGGGGAAAAUGGGAAACAAGGGUGGGGUAGCUGUGAGAUUUGUAUUUCACAACACUACCUUUUGCAUUGUCAAUUCCCACCUGGCUGCCCACGUGGAAGACUUUGAGAGAAGGAAUCAAGAUUAUAAGGACAUCUGUGCACGAAUGAGUUUUGUGGUCCCAAAUCAGACCCUCCCACAGCUGAACAUCAUGAAACAUGAUGUUGUUAUAUGGUUGGGAGAUUUGAACUAUAGACUUUGCAUGCCUGAUGCCAAUGAAGUGAAGGGUCUUAUUAACAAGAAUGACCUUCAGAGACUCUUGAAAUUUGACCAGCUAAAUAUUCAGCGCACACAGAAAAAAGCUUUCGCAGACUUCACCGAAGGGGAAAUCAAGUUUAUCCCCACUUAUAAGUAUGACUCUAAAACAGAUCGAUGGGAUUCCAGUGGGAAAUGUCGGGUUCCAGCAUGGUGUGACCGAAUUCUUUGGAGAGGAACAAAUGUUAAUCAGCUUCAUUACCGGAGUCAUAUGGAACUGAAAACCAGUGAUCACAAGCCCGUUAGCGCCCUCUUCCAUAUUGGGGUGAAGGUUGUGGAUGAACGGAGGUAUCGGAAAGUAUUUGAAGAUAUUGUACGCAUUAUGGAUAGAAUGGAAAAUGACUUCCUUCCUUCCUUAGAACUCAGCAGAAGAGAGUUUGUGUUUGAGAAUGUGAAGUUUCGGCAACUACAAAAAGAGAAGUUCCAGAUCAGCAACAAUGGACAGGUUCCUUGCCAUUUUUCUUUCAUCCCUAAACUUAAUGACAGCCAGUACUGCAAGCCAUGGCUUCGGGCUGAACCUUUUGAGGGCUACUUGGAGCCAAAUGAGACAGUGGACAUUUCUCUUGAUGUGUAUGUCAGCAAAGACUCUGUGACCAUCCUGAACUCAGGGGAAGAUAAAAUUGAAGAUAUUCUUGUCCUUCACCUGGAUCGAGGCAAAGAUUACUUCUUGACCAUUAGUGGAAAUUACCUCCCAAGUUGUUUUGGUACAUCCUUAGAGGCUUUGUGCCGAAUGAAAAGACCAAUCCGAGAAGUUCCUGUUACCAAACUCAUAGACUUGGAAGAAGACAGCUUCCUAGAAAAGGAGAAAUCCCUUCUGCAGAUGGUUCCCUUGGAUGAAGGUGCCAGUGAGAAACCCCUUCAGGUCCCCAAGGAGAUCUGGCUUCUGGUAGAUCACUUAUUCAGAUAUGCCUGUCACCAGGAGGACCUGUUCCAAACCCCUGGAAUGCAGGAAGAGUUACAGCAGAUCAUAGAUUGUCUAGAUACCAGCAUUCCUGAGACAAUCCCUGGCAGUAAUCACUCUGUGGCUGAGGCAUUGCUCAUUUUCCUGGAAGCCCUGCCAGAGCCGGUCAUCUGUUAUGAGCUGUAUCAGCGGUGCCUGGACUCAGCUCAGGAUCCCCGGGUCUGCCGUCAGGUGAUUUCCCAGCUUCCAAGAUGCCAUAGAAAUGUCUUCCGUUACUUGAUGUCAUUCCUUCGAGAACUCUUAAAAUUCUCUGAAUGCAACAAUGUCAAUGCCAACAUGAUCGCUACUCUCUUUACAAGUCUUCUCCUAAGGCCUCCACCCAACCUGAUGACAAGACAGACUUCAAGUGACCGCCAGCGUGCUAUCCAAUUCCUUCUGGGUUUCCUGCUUGGGAGCGAUGAAGACUAAUAAGCCUUUUUCUUUUAACUACUCUCCAAGAUUCUAGAGGUGGAAGAUCUUAAGUACCAAGUAUUUCAGAAUGAUUUGCAAAGUCAUGCCACAGGAUGGGUUUACUGCAGAAUUCCGAGGCUGUUGGCAUGAAAAAAGUUGUUUCUAAUGCGAAAGGAAGAGAAUUUCCUAGUCCCUCCUUUACCAUAUCCUACACAGAAAAAUACCUUUAGACUUACAUUGCCAAGCCAAAGUUAUCAUAUUUUGGUGUUUUUUGUGUUCUCUCUUUAUAAAGCAAAGAGGUCUGUAUUUACACUUCUUUACCUAGGGAUGUGUUUGUUGCCUCCUGCCCAGCUGUCAUGAUUGUCUUUAGUACCUUAGGCCUAGAUUCUGAGAUGUUCCUUUUCUAGGCCUAUAAACACUACUUGUUGUAGCUCAGAUUUGUGUGUAGUCCUUCCUCUAAAGCACUUUUGCCCCCCCUUCACCAUGUCACCCCUUUGCACUCCACUUCACUAGUAUUAUCACAUUGAAGGAAGUCUGAGUAAGGUUAGUGACUCCUUCGGUGUCCCUAACAGUGAGGUGAGAGCAUCUACAUGUGGUUAUUACAUGCAUUUGUGCAUUUCUACUAUAAUGGUGUCUGUAUGUUUCUGUAACAUUGGCCUUUUCAUAGAUCUAUACUGGAUGGAACCAUAUUCUCUUGUCUUAGACCACAUCUAGUAGUAGAACCUUAGAGACUAUUAGAGAUGACAUCCCAUUGAUGUGAGAGAAUCACAGUCAGAAUGGAAGUACUUUGAAAAUUUCAGGAGUGAGAAUAUUCAUGUUUGACAGAUCCUGCUUCCUACCAUCCCUUUCUUUUAUUCAAAUUUUACAUGAGAACUAAUUCUGGGUGUCUAUGGGACCUAUCCCCCACUUAGAAAUCCACCUCUGGAGCAACACUUGUACCACAGUCAGAAAGCAAGUCUGCACCUCAAGCAGACCUUUCUAGAGAUACUGCUGCUUUCUCCAGUAAGGAAAUACUGAGGAUAACCCUUGGACCCCUCUUCAGUCUCCCAAAGUACAAGGGGGCGGGUAUCACCUCCUCCCUCAUCAAGGCUGACUGGGUUCAACAGCUAGCUCCCUUUGGCUCCCAGCCACUUUGUCCAGUGCUGUGUAAGAGAGACUGUGCAGUGAGACCAGCCAAGCACCUUUCUCUCCCAUCCGAGAAAACUCUCUGUGGGGCAGUCCUUUUUUUUUUAGUCUAUGUUGGUUGGCAAACCAGCCACCAGCCACUGACUACAAAACUGCCUGGUGCAAUUGGCUUCCUCCUGGUUUUCUUUCUUUAAAACCACCCUGAGUCCACUCAUGCUUGCCUGUUACCAUUAAAUCCAAAGAUCCUAAAGGGCAGGUGCUGCAUCUGGUCUUGGGCUUUGACUCCUGACUCUUCGAGUAUAUUGGAGGAGAGAGCCAGGAAAAAUACCACAGCCGAAUGGUUCUCCAGUUUCCCCAUCACUUAUAAGUUGAGUUCUUUGAGGGAAGAAAAGGUACGUAUCCUGCAAUAGACUGAUUAAACCCUUUCCUGACUGGGAGUUAUGGAACUAGGAGUCAAGUUAUUGGUGCCACAUAGUUGUACAAUAGAAGAUGGUAAGCAGAACACUUUGGUUAUCUCUAUUAGGCCAGAAAGUGACAAGGCCAUAACACAAAGACAGGGCAAUGCCUGUCCUGGGCCCAUUUUCUAGUAUGUUGCCAACCUGGGACCUCUGGCUGAUCAAGGAUGUGGUUAGUGGGGGCCAUGUGCAGCAUCCUAGCUCUUCAUAAAGCAAAUGAACUAAUUUGGUUUACUACUUCGACCUUUUUCAGCUCUGGUCCUGGGAUGUACACAGGGUUGAGGGAUUUAGACAAUCUAGGUAGCGGAGACAAGAAAUAGAACAAACAUAAGAGAGAUGCCUCCCUACUGUGCCUCCUCUAGCACCUCAACCUCUAAUCCCUAAGUACCUCUAAUGUACUAGUACAUAGCACCUCAGAAGUAAAGAGUUCAUAUCCAACUGGUAGGGAAGUGCUCUGUAUCUAUGGUUUUAGAGAAGAAACUGUUCAAACUCAUGUGGUGAUGUUGCAUUAAUGUCCCUUUCACUGUUUUCUGAUUCUUAUUCUAUAAUUAUUUGUUAUAUUUCCCCAGAAUGUCAUGGUCACUUAGCAAAGCUGCUAGUGGGAUUCUGUAUUUUGUGUCAUCUUUUUUAUUAUUUAUUGCAAAUUUUUCUCUGAAUAAAUAUAUGUUGUGAAAAAA